AUGGGUGAUAUACCUAAUGUAAAAUAUGAAGAAGAUAUUGUGUUUAUGAUUUAUAUAACAGUUCAUUGGAAAGACGAUCCUGAACUGUUAAAGCAAAUCUGUCUUAUUGACUUUGAAACUAUGCUGGACUCACAGUUGAUUACAAUUAUAUGCGAGUCUCAACAAUUUAUUGUUGAGAAAGCUAAGAAGUUAGGAGUUGUUAAAUGGAUGUUUAAUUAUAUAUCAAUCAAACCAUCAGGAUGUGUAGCUAUUGACGUUCAGCCCUGUUUUAUGAGAUUUCAUCCCAAAGCUAAAAAGAGUAACCUGGGAGAUUACAAUGCUAGCACAUUGAGAGAUAGGAUCUUAACCAGUACUAUUCAAUAUCAGCAAACAGAAUCUAGAAAGUACCCUGGUGUAUACGUCUUCUUACCAAUAAAGGGAUUCAAAAAUAAACAUCCUGUAACUGGCUUAGAUUUCACAUCAUUAUAUCCGAGUCUUAUUAUAACUUACAACCUCUCAUCUGAUAAAAUCAUUUUAUCUCAAAAAUAUGCUGAAUCUCUGAGAGAUAGUGGCAAAAUACUUUAUGAAAUUAAUUUCAAAUUCAAUGGUAAUAAUGUUCUUGCAUGGUCUAUAAGAUAUAAUAACAUUCCUGAAAAAAAAGGUCUUUAUGCUACUAUAUUGAAAUAUUUAUCUGUUAAAUAG